AUGCAGCAUAUUAAACAAGGUAGUCAUUUAACAUCCAUUGCACAUAGACAUUUCUCCAACAAUAUUCCGACUUCACGAAUAACACAACAAUUUAUCAAAUACAAUGUACGCAUCAACCAGAUGCGAUUAAUAUCUGUCAAUUGCAAUUUAUUAUCACAAGCUAGUACGCCGAUUCAUCAUCAAUCAAGACGUAACAAUGUUGGAUUAUUGGCAAUAUCUUCGCGAACAAAUUUUUUCGUCCAGGUGCGGCCGAGGAGUACAGGAACAGCCGAGAGCAUUGACACAACCGUCGAUCCCUUUACAAAAACAUUUGAAAUAGAGUCGAAUGGCCGCACUACGGCCGAGCGUAAUGAACUGAUUCGAGCUCUAAAGAUAGAAAAUAAAGCCUUAUUAGCAGAAACGGAAUUUGUCCGUAUGAAGACAGAAGGAUUACAACCAAACACGCAGACAUACAAUCUCUUGUUAGACAUGUACAUGACGACGUCUGAUUUGGAAUCUAAUGCGGGAAGAAAGAUUUGGUCUUUAUAUAACGAAAUGAUUGAAUCAGGUGUUUCACAGGAUACAACAACCCAUACGGCUGCAAUUAAAGGACUAUGCAAUCGUGAAAUACAAGUUCGCUCAUCCAUGGAACAACUCAAAGCUUUACCCUGGCAGAAAUCAACCAGGAAGGACAAUUUCAAAAAAGAGUCUAACGUCGAAUGGGCAUAUUCAAUAUUUAGCGCGACAAAAGAUAACGAAUCAAUAAAGUACAACAGCGACACUUGCAACACUCUAAUACACGCAUUAGCAACCAAGGGCUUGGUCGAAGAAGCAUUAAACGUGUUUGAAGCCAUGGAAUCACGUGAAAUAAUGCCUUCAUAUAUGACGUUCAGCGCAUUGAUCGAGGCAUAUGGCAAUGCUGGCGAUGCCGAUAGUGCCUUAGCAUGCAUGCAAGAAUAUCAAGCUGUGGCCCAAGAGUUACCAAUACACGGUUCGCAUUCUUUAUACCAUGCUCUCUUACGUGCAUACGUCAAGUGUAAGAAAAUCCCCGAGGUCUAUCGACUGAUCGAGAGCAUGUCGGCAGCCGGAGUUACUCCCGACGUCUUGACCUAUGAUAAUCUGAUCCGGGCAUUCUUCGAAUCUGGAGAGUAUCAAUUAGCAUACGAUUGUUUCUUGGAAAUGCAAACAUCGAAGAAUAUGCCAAAGCCGGAUUCGAGUAUUUAUAGGCUGCUCCUCUUUCAAUUCUCUGUUGCCGGUCAUUACGAAAGGGCUUCCGAGAUCUUUAACGAAAUUACGAAACGUAAUAUCACACCAUCGUUUACAGAGUUGGCUGUCUUUAUUCAUUUGACUCAGGAGCAUGAUAUUAAGCGCGUGCCUGUGUUAUACGAAAAAAUGUUGGCAUAUGGCCUUUACCCUGAAAUUCCUUUCCUUGAAACUGUCAUCUCUCGACUGAUGUCAAAUAACAACGUGUCGGAUACAUUGGUCAUAUAUGAACUUACAGCAACUACAUUGGUAAGAGAUGGUAUAAUAAAAACACUUAUCGGAAUGGUUCCUCUGGCAGAAACUAUUCUCAACAACCCGCAAGUGCGUAUACACGACGCACUCAAGGUUAUGCGGAUUUUUGCCGUUGUGAAUAACAUGAUACACACGUUGCGACGGGAAUUUACGUACGCGCGUCGAAUUUUUAGAUUCGACAGACACAUGAGUUUGACGUUGCUCCAAAAAUACGAAUUGGCUCGUAAGACAGAAGGUUUAGGUGCUGUCGCUUAUCGGGAUUAUAAUUUGCUGGUCGAAGCAUUGCUUAGAGCGGGCGGUGAACAUUUUGAGAAUAUCACGUCAGAGGCGUUUAAAAAGUUUGCGUAUUAUAUCGUUGAAGACUCGAAGAAAUCUGAAGCUCCCCUAUCGUUCAAAGAAAUCGAUAAAUUACAUAGAGGUAUGGUCACUGUAUGUGGAAAGGAAGAAGCGGAUAAACUUCUUCGAGAUAUGGAUGCGGAAAAACUCCGUCAGCCAUCGCAGCGAGACAUUUUAGAAUCGGACAAGCUUUUUGCUACCGUGUCAAGUGUAUACACUACGCACCCAUCCUUGGUUCUUGAAAUGGUGAAGGAUAUUAUUAGUAGAAAGAUUUAUCCAACUCCAGAAGUUAUGGGGAAUGUCAUUCGGAAUGUAGGGAAAGUUAAAGAUAUCGUUGUCGCGCAAGAGUUGUAUGACAUCGGCAUGGAAGUUGCAAAUAGAUGGGCUCCAUCAAUCAAAGUAAAAGCGCAAAUGCUUGCGCGUAAUGCAUUACUAUAUUCUUAUGCUACUGUCGGUAACGUUGAGCAAGCUCUAGAAAUUUAUCAAGAGAUCAUAGCCCAAGGGGCCAAAGUACAAGCUAAUUGUUACGCCGCAUUACUUCUUGCAAGGUCGGAGACUGCCCUCGACGAAGCCGAGCUUGCUAUCGAUACUUACGAAGAGGCUAAGAGGCAUGGAAUAAGUUUCAACACGUAUCUCUACAACGUACUAAUCAGCAAAUUGGGUAAGACAGGUGACUUGGAAAUGGUCCAUCGGUUGUACGAGGAAAUGAAAGCACAUAACAUUCAAACCAACUCUGUCACUUUCGGUGCAUUGAUCUAUGCUUAUUUACGAGUGGGUGACGAAGACAGGGCAACCGAAACGUUCGUUAACUUGAAGCAGGUGUUCAAUAACGACAAACGCUCUGGGCCGUAUAAGACGAUGAUAGAGUAUUAUGUGAGAGACAAGCCAAAUAGAGAAAAGGCGCUAUUUUAUUUUGACGAACUUCAACAACGAAAUUUACCAUUGAAUGACGAGAUUUGGAACCUGGUGAUAGAAACAUAUGCUGCUAUUGAACCUUAUGACAUGCAAACCGCUCUUGAUGUGCUGGAUCGAAUGAGGGCUCAAAGCAAUAUCUCUCCAACCGUAAACAGCUACGCGACACUAAUACGCGCAUAUGGUGUUAAACAGCACGAUGUUGAUAAUGCCAUAGGGAUGUUUGAUUCAAUCACUUCUGAGCACAAUCUUCAACUGACGCCUACAGCCUACCAUGCAUUAAUGGAAGGUCUCAUCGCUAAUAACAAAUUGGAUCUUGCAGUCGAAUAUCGUAAAAGAAUGAUUGAAGAGAACGUUGGAACGACAACAGAUAUUGAGAACAUGUUUAUCCAAGCAUAUGGAGAGGCAAAGCGAUGGCAAGAGGCUGAGGCAGCCUUCUUGGGUCUAAGUAGCGAUUUCGCAAAGAAGAGCGACAGUAAUAAUGUAUGGAGGAAUGCUCAUUCAUACAAGAAUAUGUUGGAGGCUUACCUGAAUAGUGGGAAAGCGGCGGAGGCAAAGAAGCUGGCUGAUGACAUAGAGUCUGGGUCAUUUCCUAAAUCGCUAAAGGGAAUGGCGUCAGAAAUAAUGAAUCAAGAUAAAAAAAUCGACAUAGAAGCAUAA